AUGGACUCGAACUUCCUCGAACCGAAUCCGAGGGUUCGCGGGGCCCUAUGCGAUCGCAGAAGUGAAGGGGUCAUCCCGCCGCCGGCAUACACGGUGCCCAUAGUCAUGACAAUCCCGAUGACCAGGCAUCAACGAAUCUCCUCCGGAGUUCUACUACCAGACGAUAUGGCGUCACUGCAAGUCUAUGGGGCGGGCGGUACGGCAGCGAAGCAAAAGGCUGUCGCAGAUGCCCAGAAAAUGCAAGCGGCUGUUCAAGAAGAGUGCACCAGAGCGAACAAGCCCGUUCCCUCGUAUCGCCUAACUGAGCUCAUUGGAAAGGGAAGCUUUGGUCGCGUCUAUAAAGCCAACGACUUGAAGACUUCCAACGUGGUGUCCGUCAAGAUCAUCGAUGUCGACGAGCAGGAUACACUCAACCCAAAGCUGCAAGACACAUACAGUGAGUUCCUCAAGGAGAUUAAUGCACUAAGACUCUUGAGUGAAGGCGGUGCAGAGAACAUAAACACAGUCAUUGAAGCGUUGCCCGUCGGCCAAUCUAUGUGGAUGGUAACAGAGUACUGUGCUGGUGGCAGCGUGGCGACUCUCAUGAAACCGACAGCACCGGGCGGUUUGCAGGAGAAAUGGAUCAUCCCUAUUCUACGCGAAGUUGCACUGGCCAUUCACUGGGUUCACAAGCAGGGGAUCAUUCAUCGCGACAUCAAGUGCGCAAACGUCUUGAUCACCGAGGUGGGAGCUGUUCAGCUCUGUGAUUUCGGUGUCGCAGGGAUGAUGGAGACAAAGGUGGACAAGCGAUCAACGUUCAUCGGAACCCUGCACUGGAUGGCCCCGGAACUCUUUGACCAGAACGCACAAUACGGAACAGAGGUCGACAUUUGGGCGUUUGGGUCAAUGGUCUACGAGAUUGCUUCAGGAUUGCCACCUAACGUCCGCGCGAAUGUCGGAAUGCAUCAGUUUGGUAACUACUUACGAGAACACCUACCUCGCCUCAAUGGAGACCAGUACUCGGAAAAUCUCAAGAACCUGGUCGCUUUCUGCCUCGAAGAUGACCCUUCUAAACGUCCGUCCAUCGAACAGAUUCAGCAGCACCCUUACCUCUUCAACACCAGCUCUAACUACCCGACAUCAUCUCUCUCAAACCUCGUCACGGCAUACAAGCUCUGGGAAGACCGUGGUGGAAGCAGGAAGUCUCUCUUUGCAGGAUUUGGAGCACAAGGACCGGCAGACGUUGGCUCAACCUCCCUUGCAGCGGAUGAGUGGAACUUCUCAACAACUCUUGCGUUUGAUGAGCAGAUACACAACGACGCGGAUGGCCAAUCCGAAAUUGAAGCAGUACGAGAGGUUUACGGUACUGGCAUUGAGUUUCCCACGAGCUUUGGUGGUGAGGAUACAGCUCGGCCGAAGCCUAGGGGACGUCGACGACCCCCUCCCCAGGCGCUUGCUGCGAUGAAGGCUCCACUCGAGAAAGUUUUUGAUCCGAACACCAUCUCCAACUACGAUGAGAACUCCAGGAUGUACUACGGCCGUCCAAUGUUGGCUCCAGUCACAGAACCGCCUACAUCAGACCUUCCUUUGCGAGACGACACUGCUCAUGCUGGCGUCAGAGAGUCUCUCAUCGACCUGGACGCGUCUCUCGGUGGUGCAGAGCUUUCGAGCUUUGCGGAUUUGAGCACUAUCAGACCAGGUCCGGUCGCAAGACCAGGCCCAAGAGCGUCGAUGGACAAUAACUGGUCGUUCUCGGCCGCCAGCGAGUCCCCUACUACUAGCCGAGCGCCUUUGAGCGAUCCAGCGGACCAUGAUAACGGGCGUCAUGCCCCUGACUGGUCUUGGCCCACUAGCAUUCCUCCUGCAUCCGCAAACCCUGAAGUAUCAUACUUCCCUUUCAAUGAAGGCCGUCCCAGGCUGCAGCACAUGGAGACAGCGCCGAUCGGACUGCCCUCGCAGGGUUAUGAGCCCUCAGGGCAGCGCGAAGCCAGUAACAGGAUGUCAGUCAGCAGUCUCAUAGACCUGGAUAUGAGCAUGCCGGAACCAACGAUCCCCGAGCUGCUCACACGACCUUCUACCUCGCACUCUGACGUCGGAUCUAUCACAGGAUCCGAAAUGGGGGGCGCUGGGCCCUUCGAUUUGGAACGGCACGCCUCUGUAUACGCAGAUUUGCCCUUCACCAACCGAGAGCCGUCCAUCUACGUCUCCGCAGACUCAGAAUUCGCCCAAGACCUUGCUAGAGACGCUCCAGCUGUCCCUGAAGUCUCCCAUCCAGCCACAAAGGCCCCAAUAGCUCAAAACGGGAGCCAGGGGCUCCCUCACGUUGCUCCGCCGGCCUCGCACGUGUUAGAGGCCCGGGCAUCGGGCCAGGAAGUGGCGGACGAGAUGAGAAGACUCAUUGGGAGUCUAGGAGAGCAUCUGGCUCUCAUUGGGGAGCAAGUUGCCGAAAUGGAGCCACGGCGGGCUGGAGGAAGGUUCCCUCCGCCUGAAUAA